CAAGGACAAAGUGCAUUAUCGGUUUAUUUAUACUUUUACACAAAAUUGAAGCCUUAAUUAAAAAUAAAAGAAACAGUCCACUUCCAGAGAGUCUUUUACAGCAGUCAUUUCGCCAUUGAACCACAAGCCACAACUACCAUUACUUAACCUCCAUCCACUCGGUCUCCCUCUCGCAGUCACUGCAUAAAUACUCCAUCACCUUCCAUAGUUGUUCCUCCUCGCUCUAUCUCUGUCGCUCGUUCGAUCUUUAAGCAAACAAAAUGAAAUGCGAAGCACACUCGGAAAAAACCUCAAUCUCUGCUUCACGAAAUCUCCAUCUCCGUCCCCUGGUGACUGCGAUGACAGUCGUCGAUUUUACAUCAACGACUUCAACUCCCUUUAUUCCUACACUGCCCUCGACCCUUCAACCUCCUCUUCCGCAUCCACUUCAUUCCCUUCCGACUCCGAUUCCGACCCGGCCCUCGAACCCGACUUCGCAGCCGUUUUCGCCUCCCAACGCUUCUUCUUCUCCUCCCCCGGCCGCUCCAACUCCAUCACUGACUCCUCCCCCACCACCACAGCCGCUCGCAAAGACCAUCCGACGAUAGCUGUGAAAGAUAGCGUGGCGGUAUCGACGGACUCGCCCGACCCGUAUUUGGAUUUCCGGAGAUCGAUGCAGGAGAUGGUGGAGGCCCGUGGAUUGGUCGAUGUGAAGGCUAAUUGGGAGUAUUUACACGAGCUCCUGCUCUGCUAUCUUGCCCUGAAUCCCAAGAGUACGCACAAGUUCAUUGUUGGUGCAUUUGCGGAUCUUCUUGUUACUCUCAUGUCAUUGCCGGCUAAUAAAAGUGACCGCCGGGAAGAUUCAUCACCGGUGGUUCAUGUAGUUUGUGAUAAUGUGGGUUUGUCGGAAAUGAUCGAUCAAUCAUGAUUUAUGGAUUAUUAAUAAUAUAUGCAGUGUACGUAGCUGUAGAUGUA